CAUGAAGAGCAGAGGGUUGAAAUAACUUCGCAUCGCUUCUGUUGUCGGAGCUGCGCGUAUGUGCCCCUCAGAGUCUGUGUCGUUUUGAAGAAGGACGUUCUCUGUGUGUGUCUUCUUAAACUUGCACCCGGUUGAAUAUAAACUUCAGGAUUUUUUUUUUCUUUUUCGUUAGCUUAGCCUGCUAACGGGGCCUUUUGUGCGCAGAAACAGUUUGUGUCAUUGUGUGAAAAUGUCUGAAGUCCAGAUUCUGAGAGCGUUACUGAAGCAGCGAUUACCUGCAGAUGAUGAAGAGAUAUUUGAGCUGUUUGAAAGAACAACAGCAGAAUACGAGGAGGAACUUUGUGGUUUAAAAGAGGAGAACGAACGACAAAGAAAACUACUGGAUGCUGCUUUUAACUCCGACGACAAAACAGAUGUGCAGCAGCUGUUGAUACAAGGAACAGAGGUUCCCCCUGAGCAACAAGCAUGGAUGUCCUGUCUGGACCAGGAGUGCCCUGAGCUGCAUCACAUUAAAAAGGAAGAGGAGGAACUGUGGAGCUGUGAGGAACAACAAUACCUGCAAGUGCUGGAGGUUAAUUCCUCCUUGUAUGCAAAUGAUGAGGUGAAACCCGAGUCUUCACUUUGUCAUCAGCCACAACAUGAGGAGAACAGGGAGGCUGAGUCUCUUGGCAGCUGCUCAGCUGAACAGAGGAAAACUGAAGAUUAUAAAGAGGACAUGGGAGGAUCAGAACCAGUUGACAGGUUAGAUCAAGAUAGUUAUUCCCAUCCACAUAGUGACUUCAUGAUGCAACACUUUCCUGGACCUAAAAGUGGUGUCAGCUGUGUUGAUUGGAAGGAGACCAAGAAAGCUAAAUCAGGUUUAAAUGCUCUGAAAUAUAAAAUAAUCCCUGUUUGUGAUAACAGAUGUAAUGCUGGUGUGAAACCAUUUAACCCUGAUUGUGAUCAAAGGCUUGUCCAUAACAGUAAUUUGAAGAGACACGAGGGAAUUCAUGCAGAAGAGAAACUGUUUUGCUGUUGUGAGUGUGGUGAAACAUUUAACCGAAAUGGCAAUCUGAAAACCCAUAUGAUGGUUCAUACAGGAAAGAAAACCUUCAAAUGUUCUGAAUGUGGAAAAGCAUUUCGCCAAAAGAGUCAUUUGAAGAGGCAUGUGACCACUCAUAUGGCAAAGACAUCAUUUAAGUGUCCUGAGUGUGGUGAAACAUUUCACAGAAACAACAAUCUGAAAACUCAUAUGAUGGUUCAUACAGAAAAGAAAACAUUUAAGUGCUCUGAAUGUGGAAAAGCAUUUAACCAAAGCAGCAGUCAGAAGAGACACAUGUUAAUUCAUACAGGAGAAAAACUCUUCAGUUGCUCUGUGUGCAGGAAAACAUUUAGCAGAAAGAGUAUUCUGAAAACCCAUAUGUUAAUUCAUACAGGAGAAAGACCCUUUAGCUGUUCUGAGUGUGAAAAAACAUUUCACACAAACAGCAAUUUAAAAACUCAUAUGCUAAGUCAUACAGGAAAGAAAAUAUUCAAGUGUUCUGAAUGUGGAAAAUUAUUUCCCCUGAAGGGUAAUUUGAAGCGACAUAUGACCAUCCAUAUGGGAAUGACACCAUUUAUGUGUUUUGAGUGUGGAAAAACAUUUAACCAAAACAGUAGUCUGAAAGGCCAUAUGCUAAUUCAUACAGGAGAAAGACCCUUCAGCUGUUCUGAGUGUGGAAAAACAUUUAACCAAAACAACGGUCUGAAAAGCCAUAUGCUGAUUCACACAGGAGAAAAACCCUUCAGUUGUUCCGAGUGUGGAAAAGCUUUUAACAAAAACAGCCGUCUGAAAGUCCAUAUGUUAAAUCAUACAGGAGAAAGACCCUUUAGCUGUUUUGAGUGUGGAAAAGGAUUUGCCCAAUGUCGUGAUUUGAAGAAGCAUAUGACCAUCCAUUUAAGAAAGAAAUCAUUUAAAUAUAUCAAAGGAUCUGGAAAAGGAAACACUAGUGAUAUUCCCUCCAGGCUUCAGACUACCUGUGCUGAAGGAGUUAAAACAAGCAGGAAUUAGAAUUAAUCAUCUUGAGUGUAAAAGCGAAGAGUAAAAUAUUAAAAAUUAAGAUAAUUGUGUCUGUGGUUGAGAUGUGUGGAUCAGCUCCAAUGCCAUCCAAACCCACUGCUAAAAAUAAAUCAUCAGCUCUCACUGAAGAUUUUGACAUGAAAUCACAUAUAUGUAAACUCUGCAAAUAAUCCAUGGCUCACAUGCGUUAUGAACUGUAGGAGGCGGUCAGUACAGCUCAUGGAUCGACUGAUCCAAUCCACCAAUAAUCAGAAUGUUUUUUUGUUUUGUUUUUUCUUUAUCAUUUGCCCUGCCUGACCCAUGGAUAAUCUGCAGUGUCUGUGGAUAAUCUGUGCAUCUGUAGUAUGUGAAAAUAAAAAUUAGAUGACAGGUAGUUGUCAUUAAAAAGCUAUGAAUUAAUCAAAAUGUUUGAGGAAUAAUAACCAAUGAACUUCUGUAUGCAUUAUUUGAACUUUUUUUUAUAUGUUAAAUGAAUUCAAGUCCUGUGUUAAAUGUGUUGUAAUGUUUCAGAAUAUCACUGUGUCAUUUUUGAUCGAGGACAGGAACCUGAUAUCGUCAAAACCACUGUGUGAUGGUUAAUGCUUGGGCUAGAAUUAUUCACCCAUCAAUUUAUUCAAAAAUUGUCAUGCUGAUUAAUCAACUAAGUGGGAGAUUAAUGCAAUGACUGACCAACCAACUUAAUUGAAUAUUAAGCAUGUAUGUCUGGGACAAGUUUGUAUAA